AUGGGAGGCAGGCACGCGAGUGGCGUGGCGUUGAAGCGGCUGAGUGCGCUGGAUAAGAUGGUGGCCGAUGCCAUGGUGGGUGCGGCAGCGUUGAAGUGGCUGAGUGCGCGGGAUAAGAUGGGUACAGGUGAGCGGGGAGGGUGGAGUGGAGGUGUGGAUGGCUCUGGGUGUGCUUCUGUUGCUGCAUGGCGUAUGGUGUGGGGAUGGAUGGGAGGCAGGCACGCGAGUGGCGUGGCGUUGAAGCGGCUGAGUGCGCUGGAUAAGAUGGUGGCCGUGGGAUACAGCGCUGCGACGGCUGAGUGCUCUGGAUGGGAUGGUGGCAGUUGGAUACAGGUGAGCGGGAAGGGAGGUGGUGGUGCUUUUGGUGAUGCUGUGGGUGUGGGUGCAGCAGCGUUGAGGCGGCUGAGUGCGCUGGAUAAGAUGGUGGCCGUGGGAUACAGCCAGCUUAACUCAGAGAUGGCAUUUAAAGCACAGAUGGACAUGGGGGGGGUGAGAGUGGAGCGACAGAACCUCUCCUUCUGCAUCCUCACUCGCCGCCUGUACCCCUUAGAGGACGACUCGUGUCCCGUUAAGAUCCUCAGCGCUGCUGCCAAGGUGCCUCUGAAUGGCGCCAAGUGCCGGUUUUGCACGCCGUGCAAGGCAGGAGAGGAGGCUGAGCAGGCGCUAGCUGCCAUUCCCGACACGGCUCCCAACUGGCCGAGCCCGUUCACUCAGGGCAUUGACAUUUGCUCCAUCCACCAACCGUGGGAGGACACGUGGCAGCAGCAAUAUGAUGAUGUCAUGGGUGCUGAGCUGGCACGGCAGCGCCAAGCUGUCGGCCGCAUGGCUGCUGACGUGGCGCUCUGCGUGCGAUCCUUCGAACGGCUCCGCGCCCUCUCCUCUGUGUGGUCCGCGCCUUCCCCCUUGGCUCUCUGUGUGCGGGGGCAGAUGGGGGAGGCGAAGCUUCUGGGGACCACCCCACGACAAUUCGCCACUUUUACGCGCCUGCUCUCUUCCUCCAG